AUGGAUUCUGUUAAAGAAGGUUUAUCUUGUCCUGUGUGUUAUGAAAUAUUCAAGUCUCCUGUUGUUUUAUCAUGUAGUCACAGUGUCUGUAAAAAGUGUCUUCAACAGUUCUGGAGAACCAAAGAAACUCAGGAGUGUCCUGUCUGCAGGAGAAGAUCCUCAAGAGAUGAUCCUCCAUGUAAUUUUGCCUUAAAAAACGUGUGUGAGUCGUUCCUGAAGGAGAGAAAUGAGAGGCGUUCAUUAGCAUCUGAGGAGCUCUGCAGUUUACACAGCGAGAAACUCAAACUCUUCUGUCUGGAAGACAAACAGCCGGUGUGUUUAGUGUGCAGAGAUUCACAGAAACACGUCAAUCACACAUUCAGACCCAUCGGUGAAGUGGUUUCAUCAUGUAAGGAGGAGGUGAAUACAGCACUGAAGUCCUUACAAGAGAAACAUAAAAACAAUAAAAAAAUGAAAGGAGAAUUUGAGAAACCAGUUCAACACAUCAAGUCUCAAGCUGAUCACACAGAGCGUCAGAUUAAACAGCAGUUUGAAACGCUUCAUCAGUUUCUCAGAGAUGAAGAAGAAGCUACAUUCACUGCACUGAGGGAGGAAGAGGAGCAGAAGAAGCAGAUGAUGAAGGAGAAGCUGGAGGAGCUCAACAGACACAUCUCAGCUCUUUCACACACGAUCAAAGACACGGAGGAGAUGAUGAAAGCCAGUGACGUCUGCUUUCUGAAGGAGUUUCCAGUCUCAAUGGAAAGAGUCCAGAUCUCAUCACAGCCGGAUCCACAGACACCUUCUGGAGCUUUGAUUGAUAUGCCGCGUUACUUGGGCAACCUGCCCUUCAGAGUCUGGAAGAAGAUGCAGGACAUCGUCCAGAACACUCCUGUGAUCCUGGAUCCAAACACUGCAAAUCCACAUCUCGUCAUAUCUGAUGAUCUGACCAGUGUAAAAUGGACCGGGAACAAACAACUGCUUCCUGAUAAUCCAGAGAGAUUUGACUGGUAUCCCUGUGUCCUGGGUUCAGAGGGUUUUAACUCAGGAACACACUGUUGGGAUGUGGAGGUUAAAGAGAGUCAGUACUGGAGACUUGGAGUAACUACAGCAUCAAACCAAAGGAAGGGACAGGAUUUCUUUAAAAGUGAUGUCUGGUGUGUGUAUUAUAAUCAGUACGGACUGCCUGGGUUUGGUUUUUCUCUUGAACAGGAUCAUGAAUGUGUGAGAGUGAAUCUGGACUAUGACAGAGGAACAGUGUCGUUCUCUGAUCCUGUAACUAACACACAUCUACACACAUUCACAACCACCUUCAAUGACACUGUCUUGCCAUUAUUCUGGUGUUGGUCUGACUCACUGAGAAUCUUACCAUUCAGCAGUCAGUAA